AUGGCGUCUGUUGGCCUCGCUCCACGGCAAUUCACCUUCUUCGAUUCAUCACCGGUCAAGGAUGCUCAGGACCUAGCAAAUCCACCAGCAGUGUUUCAUCUUCCUACAGAGAUUGUCGUUAUCGCCUCUUCAACUGUUGGGAUACUUGUUGCAGAUAUUCAUGGCGUGAUUCAUGUACUGGACCGAAAAUUCGAACGCUCCAGAGGCUGGGUUGCGUUCGACGGCGGCAGGGUGACACAUAUGUUGGAGAAGAGAGGGAUCCUCAUCACAUUAGGAGAAGAAGCAAUCUCAUGGGGACCACUGCUUAAGAUAUGGGACUUGGUGCAUACAGAUAAACGCACAGACGGUCCGGUGCUGUUGCGGUCCGUGAAAGUUGGAAGCAGCAACAAACCAUUUCCGGUUUCUACAAUGGCACUGUCAUCGACCCUGUCACAUCUUUCCAUCGGCUUGGGUGACGGAACUGUCCUCCUAUACCGGAACCUCGACCAAUCCCUCUUCUCGGGAUCCAGCUCUCUGACUGCUCUUCCACGCGCACGAACCGUACAUGAAGGCACACCCGCUGAACCCAUCACCGGUCUUGGAUUUCGUGAGUCUCCUGCACAAUCCCAGUCGACGGAAGACAAGGGCAAAGACGCUGAAAAGUCCGAUCGGGGAAAUAUGUACCUUUUCAUCGUCACCACCGCCAAGGUACUCGUGUAUAUCGCUACUGGGCGAGGCAGUGGUGGGAGUCCACAAGAGGUUGACGAGGUUGGGUGUGGUCUGGGAUGUGCGGUGAUGGACAAAAGAGGACGGUACAUGGUUGUUGCGAGGGACGAGGCGUUGUAUCUAUGCGGACCGGAGGGAAGAGAGCCAAGCUAUGCGUAUGAAGGUCCGAAGAGCUUCGUGCAAUCAUAUCGCUCAUAUAUUAUUAUCGUUUCACCGCCAUUCACGCCCUCGGUGGGAGCAUCAUCAACAGCAUUGCGACAGUUGACAGCACGGGCAGACAGCCAGUCAACCGACGUGAGCCGAGUCACUAUAUUUGAUCUCGAGAACAAGUAUAUCGCAUUCACGUCAAAGUUCGAAGGUGGCGUGAAGGAUGUUGUAUGUGAGUGGGGUAGCGUGUUUGUUUUGUGCAAUGAUGGAAAGCUGUUCCGACUUGAGGAGAAGUCAACACCAGCCAAGCUUGAUCUCCUAUACCAGCGUUCCGAAUAUGCCCUCGCCAUCCGACUUGCCCAGUCCCUCGGUGUUUCUGAGUCUGGCAUCUCCGACAUCUAUCGCCGGAGAGGGGACUUCCUGUACUCGAAAGGCGACUACGACGGAGCGAUGGAGCAGUUCCUGCAUACUCUGAGCUACCUGCAACCGAGUUAUGUCAUCCGCAAGUUCCUGGAUGCGCAGCGCAUACACAACCUGACGACCUACCUACAAGAGUUGCAUAGUCAGGGUCUGGCAAAUUCUGACCAUACGACUCUGCUGCUCAACACAUAUACGAAGCUCAAGGACGUAGGAAAGCUCGAUGCGUUCAUUAGAGCAAGUUCGGUCAAGUCCAAGGCAGAGGACGGGGAGAGAGGGGAGGUGAAGGAAGAGCUUCCGUUCGACCUGGAUACUGCGAUUCGCGUAUGCCGACAAGCAGGGUAUUACGAGCAUGCGGCAUAUCUCGCACGAAAGUGGGGAAGGCAUGAGGACUAUCUGCGCAUACAGAUUGAGGACGCUGGCCGAUACGGCGAGGCGCUGGGAUUCUUGCGGCGGUUAGGGCCAGAAGCGACAGAACAUAAUAUCGCUCGAUACGGGCGAGCGCUGCUCUCCAACUUACCUGACCAGACGACUCAGCUAUUAAUCGAGCUCUGUACUGGCGCUGUCAAUGUUCCUCAACCCACGUCAUCACCAGAACUCACAAAUGGGCAGACGGGCGGGGGAGCCUCCUAUCUGUCGUACAUCACCAACAAUCCUGCCGGUGCUAUCCUCACCGGACUAGCGUUUUCGAACGCCACUCCUGCCGUUGCACCCACGAUCACAGUUUCACAGGCUGAGACAGCAGCUCGGGUUGGGCAGACACAGACCCCAACGGCAUCAAGACCAGAGACUCCACCAGUGGGGGCAAUACAGACUUCGGCUGUCACACAGGAGAAGCGACCAUCACCACGACUGUUCUUCGCACACUUCGUCGGUCACACACAACAAUUCGUCCGAUUCCUGGAAGCGGUCGCGUUGUAUCGGUGGGGACAAUCUGUCGAACCUGCUGGGUCGAGCAAACCGUUUUCCGAUAUGGAUGUUGAGGAGCAAGCAGAUUCGACUGCGGUGUGGAACACUCUACUAGAGUUAUACCUAUCACAGGCGGCAACGUUCCAGGAACGAAACCCAUCAAUUUCUCGGGUUCUGCACGCCAAAGCCACCAGACUUUUACAGCAAGACCAGACUCUCCCGUAUGAUCAAACGCACGCACUGAUGGUCUGCUCUACGCAAGACUUCACCGAAGGACUAGUUCUCCUCUGGGAGAAGAUGGGCGCAUACGAGGACAUUUUGCGUUAUUACAUGGAUCAGGAGACGGCUGGUGUUGCAACUACAGACGGUUCUGCUUCAACUAAAAUUAUCCAGUACCUGGAUUUGUACGGACCUCAGGAUCACAACUUGUACCCUCUCGUCCUCCGUUUCCUCACGUUAAGUCCUGCUCUCUUAUCCAGACAUACCCAGGAUGUGGUAUCUAUCUUGGACACCAUCGAAACGGAGAAGAUCAUGCCGCCUGUUGGGGUGCUGCAGGUGCUUAGUCGGAAUCAUGUCGCGAGUGUGGGAGUGAUCAAGAUGUGGUUGAUGAAGCGUAUUGCCGAGACCAGAGGGGAGAUCGAGGCUGACCAUCAUCUUAUCGAGUCCUACCAGAAAGAGACGAAGGAAAAAGAACAGGAGAUCAAGGAACUGACAGACCCGAAUCAUCCGAGGGUGUUCCACGUCACAAACUGUUCAGGUUGUGGUCACCCACUCACUCUGCCAGCUGUUCACUUCAUGUGCAAGCACAGUUAUCAUCAAAGAUGUGUCAGCGACCAAGACCCGGAGUGUCCGAACUGCGCACGCGCCCAUGGGCUCAUCAAAGACAUCCGGCGACACAACGCACGCGUCGCAGAUCAGCACAAGGAGUUCCUCGCCGAUGUGGGGGAGAACGGAUUCUCAGCCAUUGCAGCUGCGUUUGGGCAGGGCGUCAUGAGUGGGGGCAAGGUGGAGGAGACCCCGGUUUGACUUUUGGCUCGGACGAACGGAUGUGUGGGCGCAUGUUGAUACCCUUAUUCAGUGACGUUGUUAAUACCCGUGUCGGCUUCCCUCCAACAUAUGCAUUAAUUGG